ACUCGUUCUCGUAUUUUGUUUUGUUUUGUUAAUUUUUUUGUGUGUGCACUACGAGAGAGCGGAAUUUGUUAAUAGUCGCGCCAUGAUCUGCCCGAAACGUACCUCGGAGCUGCUGGACCUGCAUCUGGCUCCGUUCAAGGACAAGGAUCCCGCCUGGGAGGUGGGCGUCUCGAAGAUAGCCGGCCGCGGCCUGAUGGCCACGCGCGGCAUUAAGCGCGGCGAGAUCAUCUUGAAGGACAUGCCGCUGCUGAUCGGCCUGUCCGCCCUCGAGGAGGACUCGCUGAAUGCGUGCAGUGUGUGCCUGAGGGAGCUGCCGGAUACGCGCUUCAUGUGCCGCGUGGGCUGCGGCCUGCCCGUUUGCAAUCUCUGCUCCAAGAAGAAACAGCACAAGACCGACUGUGAUCUGCUCAAGUCGUGGGGCCCCAACGAGCCGGAGGUGGCCAAUUCGGUGAUCAUACGGCUGCUGUGCGUGGCCCGGGCCCUCAAUCUGAACAAGGACCAGCGCGAUCUGAUCUACUGUCUGCAGGCGAAUCUGGAUAACAACCAUCGCGUGGAGGUGCGCAAUGCGGCCAAGCUAUUCAAGAAUUUCCCCACCGACAAAAAGGUCUUCGAGAUCAUGAACCGCACCGUGGCCGUACUGCGAACGAACGGCUUUGACAAGACCACCGAUCGCACCAACGACAAUCAGGAGUUCAACUAUCGCGCCCUCUAUCCCCUGUUCGCCGUCAUGAACCAUGACUGCAUCCCCAACUCGUACUACACCUUCGAGGAGAAGACCAACGUAAUGAUCGUUCGCGCCGCCGUCGAUAUACCCGAGGGCUUCGAGAUCACCACCACUUACACCAAACUAUUCACGGGCAACAUUGCGCGACAUUUAUUCCUCAAAAUGAAGAAGGGAUUCACCUGCAAGUGCUCCCGCUGCUCCGAUCCCACGGAGAAAGGCGCCUAUAUUUCGGGCCUGUAUUGCCGCGACAUGAACUGCUCGGGCCUGGUGGUGCCAGAGAUCACCGGUCUGCCGCAUCCCAACUACAAUUGCCUGGAGUGCAAGCAGAAGUCCACGCAUGCCCAGAUGAUGAAGUCGCAGGACUUUGCCAGCGGCGCCAUCAACGCCAAGGCCAACUCGAACUCGCUGCGCACCCUGGUCCAGUACCUGAACGAGAAGAGCGACAACUUCAUACCCAACAGCAACUACAUGGUGAUCGAUGCGAAGCUGUCGGUGCUGCAGCGCCUCGGCCAGGGCCGUGAGGACUGCAGCGAGGAGCUGGCGGCCAACACGCGCCUCCGCUACAGUCGCGACGUCAUCCAGGUGAUGGACCAGCUGGGCCUCGGCGACUCUCUGGUGCGCACCCAGAUGCAGGAGCUGCUGCGCCGCGAGGAGGAGCGCCGCGCCAAGCGGCUGGCCGAGGAGGCCGAGAAGCAGCGCAAGCUGGCCGAACUCCAGGCCAAGGCAGCCGAGGCGGACCAGCUGCUGGCCGCCCUGGAGGAGGCUGCACGGGUCGAGCAGGAAGCAGCCGCGCCAGCUUCUACCGCUCCUGCCCCUGCCCCCACCUCCGCUCCAGCUGCCACUGAGACGGCUUAAAUGUAAUGGUUGGGCGGGCAAGGACAAGAUUCAAGUUGGCCCAGCAGGCCCAGCUCUCCCCCAACUGUCACCCAUCUCCAAGUAGUCACCCUCCCCUCAAAUUUGUUGUGUUGUGUGUACUAAACUUAAUAAUUGU